GAGAGGGAUGGAGAGUGAACGCCUUGUGUGGUGGGCUGGGCUCGCGAGAGAAGGAGAGAGUCUACAGGAAGCCGCACCGGCGCGAGGGCAUUCCAGUUCCGGUCGCACGUGCCAGCGGACUCUCCGUCCCGAGGACGCCCUCCGUCCGUCGACGCCCCCUCCGCGGAGUCCGGCCGCCGUCUCCAUGUCUCGCUGCGCGUGCGUGUUGCUGUGGUUGGCGUGCACCCGCGUCACGGCUCGUGCAGAUUGGCUGUCGGAGGGCGCUCAGCAGCGGGCCGGUGCUAUCGUCCCCUGGUCCAUCCUCCCGACGCCGGGGCCGAGCCCCGUGCCCACCGAUGCGGACGAGUCGUCAUCGGGUACGAACGUGCUUGAAAACACCCUGCCCGCUGACGCGGUGGAAACUAGGCAGGUCCAAUCUACCUGCAUCUUUCUCGGUCUUGUCAUUCUUCCAGAAGCUUCCAGCUGCUCCGUGACCCUCACGCAACCAGAAGGUUACAUCGACUCGUUGGACGCGCUCCCCUCAGCCGGCAAAGUCGGCUGUACGUACACCAUCUCUGUCUACGCAGGGUACGGCGUGGAGUUGGAGGUGAAGAGCGUCAACCUGUCGGAUGGCGAGCAGUUGUCCAUCAGGGGCGUGGCUGAAGGUGGGGCCUGGCUUGUGCUGGCCAACCAGACCCUGCUGGUGGAGGGGCAGGUCAUCCGUAGCCCCAGCAACACGCUCGGCGUCUUCUUCUGCUCCUCGGGCGACGAAGAUCAUGUCGGCGCUUUCCUGCUGCACUACCAGAUCUUCCGAUUGAGCUGUCCGUUCCCGAAGCGACCCCACUUCGGGGAGGUGUCGGUGCUGGAUCUCCUGCCGGGAGGCACGGCCCGCUUCCACUGCCACAUGGGCUACCACCUGCAGGGGGAACAUCUGCUCACCUGCGUCAACGCCUCGCGGCCGGCAUGGAGCCACGAGGAGCCCGUGUGCCGAGCCCUCUGUGGCGGCACGGUGAAAAACGCCACCCUGGGCCGGGUCCUGUCACCCUCGCCCCUGCACGGGUCCAAUGCCCCUCGGGAGCUCCGCUGUUCAUGGUCCCUGGAGGCUGCUGAGGGACAGAGGCUACACCUGCACCUGGAGCGCCUCCUGCUGGGACCCUCAGACAGGCUGGUCCUGCUGGGCGGCCUGGACACCGCUUCCCUGGUUCUGUUUGACUCCGGUCGGAGCCGACACGUUCCUUUCGAGGGGGUGAUCAGCGAGGGUCCCGCGGUGACGGUCCAAUUCUCCACAGAGCAGCCGGCCCAGAAUACGGGCUUCAACAUUCGCUACGAAGCAUUCGAGCGAGGUCGUUGCUACGAGCCGUACCUCCAGAAUGGCAACUUCACUACGUCGGACCACCUGUACGGCGUCGGUGCGGUGGUCCAGUUCACCUGUGACCCCGGUCACGCCCUGGAACAGGGCCCGCCCGUCAUCGAGUGCAUCAGCGCCAGGGACCCGUACUGGAACGAUACCGAACCGAUUUGUAAAGCUCAGUGCGGGGGCGACCUGAGCGGCCCGGGCGGCGUCAUCCUGUCGCCCAACUGGCCCGAGUGGUACGGUGAGGGCGAGGAGUGCACGUGGAGUGUCCACGUCGGAGAAGACAAGAGAGUGCUCGUCGAUGUACAGCUUCUCAACAUCACCGAAGGAGACUUACUGACGGUGACGGACGGCGACGAGGGUGCCGCCCACCUGCUAGGCCGCUACUCGGGGGGGCGCGCCCCCUUUAAACUCUUUUCUAGCACUCCCGACCUUAGCGUUACCUUCCACUCUGACCCGUCUGGACUGGUGUUGGGCAAAGGGGAGGGCUUCAUCAUCAAUUACAUGGAGGUUUCCCGAAACGAUUCGUGCGCCGACCUGCCCGAGAUCCAAAACGGUUGGAAGACGCGCAGCGGCAAUGACGGUACGGCGGUACGCGGAGCUCGCGUGACUUACCAGUGCGACCCGGGAUACGACCUGCAGGGCGGCGCCACCCUCACGUGUCAGCUGGACCUCUCGUGGAGUGCGCAGCCGCCGUUUUGUCAGAAGAUCAUGUACUGCUCAGACCCGGGCCACGUGGCACACGCCGCUCGCUCUCUGUCAGACCCCAAGUUGCUGGUGGGGACCACCGUCCGGUACCGCUGCGGUCCCGGGUAUAUCCUACAGGGGGGCGCCACCAUCAGCUGCUACGGCCGCGAGCCGGGGACACCCGUGUGGACCUCGCAUCUCCCGCGAUGCAUCGCCGAAGACUCUCUGUCGUGUGCCAAUCCUGGCGUCCCUGACAACGGUUACCAGGUGACGUCGAAGCGGGUCUUUCUGCCCGGGGAGACCCUGGCCUUCGUCUGUUACCAUGGUUACCAGCUAGUAGGUGACACGGCCAUCAAGUGCGUCCAGGGAAGCCCCUCCUACUGGAGCGGACCGCUGCCCAUUUGCAGGGCUGACCACGCUUGCUUUGCCAACCAUGCCUUGGAAGUGUCGCACGCCGGCGGCGAGAUGGACGGGGGCAGUUUGGCACUGGCCGCUUUUGUCCUGGUUCUUCUGACGUCCGCUCUGCUUGGAGGCGUUUACGUGCUUGCAACGCGGUGCCGCCCCAGCUCCGACCUCGGUCUGCCGCUGGCGUACCCUCACCCAUACCGACAGAUCACCGCGGAGGCCGAAUUCGACAACCCGAUCUAUGAGGCAGGCGGUGGGGAUUCUCGAGAAUAUGAGGUUUCCAUCUGAACAAUGUCGGCUGGCCGAACCCCGUCCCGUCCGAGGUGCUCAUGUAAAUAGCCCUAGAUGAUGUCUCAACGCACUUCGGUCGGGUGGGCGGAGCCGCAACUAAGCUACCAGAUUCUCAUCGUCUUUGUGGGAGGAGAGACAGGAAGAACAAAGAGGACAUAUUCGAUGACAGAACUAUGACCCUUUGAUGAUAUCAUUUUUAUGAGUCUAGUAAGUCUCACCAAGCGGUAACAGGAAUGCUAAGCUAACGUUGAAUACAAGCAUGAACGCCCGCAUGGAGCUUUUUUUUGUUGUGUUUUUUUUUGGGCCACAAACACAUCACUUUUUUCAGUCUGCCAAGUCAUCAUGUGUUAGUGUGCUCCUCAUGUUGUAUGUAGUGUAAAUAUGUAAAGCAAAUGAGUAUUUCUUUCAUACUGAUGUAACAUUCAUAUCGCGUGACGAUGAUUCAUGUCAUUACAGGAGACUAAAUCAAACAAAUUCAAAAAUCUCCAAGUAGAUUCAUUUAUAACAUCAAGUCCAUGAAUAAAAGCGUCAUGAAUGACAUCAAGGAUUGACUAAAUGGUGAUGUAAAUAAAGAAAGAUUUCAUGACUGUUAUAUACUGUAAAUGACAGACAUGACUGGCAUAGCAGAGAACACCUCACAAACUGCAGACAAUUCCAUUUUUGAUGACCAUUUUGUCGGCUCCGCCCCUUCUCGCCUGACCUAUCGGUGAGGCUUUGUGAGCUUUGAGGCCGCGCGGCGACGUUCCGCCUCCUCGUCCGAGUCGGCCUGGACGCGCACCUCUGGGAGGGGCCGCCGCUGUGCGUGGGCGGGGACUGCGACGGCCGGGGGCGGGCCCAUUCUCACGUGCAGAGUGAUGCUGAGCGUGGAGAGAGUGGGGAACUUGAAAAUAAUAGCCCGACUGAGAGACAAUUCCCGCAAAAAGCGGACGUUCCCGUACGGAAGCUCCGUGGGCCGAGUCAUGUUUUCAUACGACUACAGACAAAAGUAAGUACAGCGGUACCCUGACAUACCAAACGAAGCCAUUCUAGAGUUUCCUUCGUAUCAGGAUUUUAUUCCCGUUUUAAACUGCGUCAAAACGCCAAUGGCCUUAUUGGUUCAUAGCACGGCGCGUUAAAUUAUAUGAUAAGGGUAAAACUGGAAUAAAAAAACAUUUGAAUCAUUCAAUAUACAAUACCUAACCUAACUGUUAAUACUUAUAAUUAAGCAAAUAAUAGAACAUCAUGCCCCCCCCCC